AGAGAGAAUGAAGACCAUUGGCAAUUGGUUUUGCGUGCAUUUGGCAUUGGCGCUGUUAACGUCAGUAAACGCAGUAGGUUUUCAUGGAUUACACUUCAAAGGGCUCAAGGAGCCUAUAUGGAUAGGACCUCGAAUUUUAGAUGAGAAAUGGAUUGAACAGCGUUUAGAUCAUUUUAAUCAUCGCGAUAAUCGAACCUGGCAGAUGCGAUACUAUGAAGAGGACAGGUACUUCAAUCAUUCUGGCCCAAUAUUUAUAAUGCUGGGAGGAGAGUGGACGAUAAAUCCGGGCUUUUUGUCAAACGGCUUAAUGCAUGAUCUCGCGAAGCAGCAUAAAGCUCUUAUGUUUUAUACAGAGCAUCGUUAUUACGGGAACAGUAGACCGACUCAGAAUAUGAGCACAGAUAAUAUGCAGUAUUUGAACGUCGAUCAAGCAUUAGCUGAUGUCGCGAACUUUAUAGAUAAUAUUAAGUUUAAUAAGAAUAUUAGUGAUUCAAAAGUUGUAGUUUUUGGUGGAUCUUAUGCUGGAAAUAUGGCAGCUUGGAUCAGAAUUAAGUAUCCUCAUCUCAUCCAGGGUGCUGUAGCGAGCAGUGCUCCGCUGUACGCUAAAACUGAAUUUCACGAGUAUUAUGAACUCGUGACGACUUCGUUAAAGCGAUAUGACGCGGAUUGUCCAACGCAAGUUCAACGUGCAUUUGAAACCGUCGAGGAAAUAUUGGCCUCGGAAGGGGGAGCCGAAAAAAUCCAAUCCAUUUUCAAUCUGUGUAAAGCGCCGAACAUCAAGUCUGACGACGAUAUCGGAUUCUUAAUGAAUUUCUUAUCAGAAAUUUUUGCUGGUCCAGUGCAGUAUAACAAAGUAGUUAAUGGUAAAAGCAGCAUUGGUGCGCUCUGCGACGUAAUGCUCGAUCGGAGCAAAGGCGAACCGAUCGAUAGAUUAGCAAAUCUUAUUGACAAAGCUGUCAAAUGCCCUGAUGCAGAAUACUCGAAAUUCGUUGAGUCAAUGAGAGAGAUUGAUUGGAGUUACGGAGCAAAACCGUUGUUGGUUAUGUUGAGCAAACGUCCUCGAUUCACUCUUGCAACAAUUGAUUCAGUGAGGCAGUGGUAUUUCCAAACGUGUGCAGCAUUUAGGUACUAUCAGACAACGAGUUCCAACAAAACAGCAUUUGGCAGCUCGGUCAAACUCGACUUGUUCGUGAACAUAUGCACAGACGUCUUCGGCAAAUAUUAUGAAAGAAGCUUGGUGGACUACACCGUCGCCAAAACCAACGUAGAUUACGGCGGCAGGCUGCCCGACGUGAGCAACGUCAUCUUCGUCAACGGAGACGUGGAUCCUUGGCACGCGCUGUCCGUACUCAGCGACCUCAAUGAAUUUUCGCCGGCGAUUCUCAUUCGAGGUUCGUCUCACUGUCAGGAUCUGCAGGCCGACGCAAAGGACGAUAUCCCGGAAUUGAGAGCGGCCAGAAAGAGGAUAAAGAGCAUCGUUGCAAGUUGGCUGUGAUCAUGAAUCUUUAUAAUUAGAAUGUAGGCUAAUAAAGAGUAGUAUUUUUCUUGAUGUUUGGUGU